UCGUUCGUGGUGGUGGUGGCUGUAGAGGGGCUGGUGUUGGUGUGGUGGCUGUGGGGUUGUUUUGGGGGUGCUGUGUGGAGACCUUCCUUAGGUGGGAUGCGGCAGGAAUUGCGUCGGUUGGGGCUUGGCUGCCUUUAGGCCUCGGUCUUCAGAGCAGGGUUUGGAUCUCAUGGUUGGGUGGUGGGAGCCUUGCUCUGCCUUCAUGCUGAGCUCUGCCUUAGAAGCUGUGGAUGCAAGGUAUAUUCUGAGCAGCUUGUCUCUACUGUUGGUGGCGGUGACUGUUUAAGUGCAAUCUUCUGUUGUACAAGUUCUGUUCUUUUCUAUUGUGAAUUUUAAGGAAACGGAAGGAAGAAACUUGGGGAAAGAAGCGGCAUUGAGGAGUAACUGAUUUAAUGAGAGGCAAAUACACAGCUUCAGUCACUUGAAAGAACAGGAAGACCUGUGGGAAGCAAUCCAAAAUAAUGGUGAGUCAGGAAAUGCCAAGUGCGUCGAGAUGUCUUGAAGAACCGCAUUCAUCAGAUGAAGUCAGCACAUCCUCCAAAGAAGUACUUAAGCCCAGUGACAUGAAAAUGUCAGAAGUUUCUGCAGCCAUGUCUAAAGCUGACAUCAAGCCAAAAUCUAGCUGCCAUGCCAAACAAUGGUCAGAUGAAAUAGAGAACUUAUACAGGUUCCAGCAAGCUGGGUACAGAGAUGAAGUUGAAUAUAAACAAGUGAAACAAGUUGAUACGGUAGAGUGUUGGCCAGAAACUGGAUUUGUGAAGAAGCUUCAGAGAAAGGACAACACCUUCUAUUAUUACAAUAAGCAAAGAGAAUGUGAAGACAAAGAUGUUCAUAAAGUGAAAGUUUAUGUAUACUAAUUUUGCUACUUUCCAAAGUUUGUACAUUUUAAAAUAAAUCUUUUUGUUAUGAUUUGUAAGAGAAUGAGAUUUGUAUAACCCAGCAUUCAAAGCAUAAAUGUCAUUCUCGGAUAGAAUGGGGAAUACAGAAUGUGUUCCAAAUAAUUUGAUAUCAAAAAGAUAAAAAGCUGCAAAGGGACUUUGCGUAUUUGGUUUGACUGUGCAAAGUCCAUUAUAAGUAGGCUCAUUAAUCUUUACUCUGAACAACAUAAUCUUGUCGAUAUCAGCUGCAGUCUCUUGGUGUAACUGAGGGCUGUGAGGCUCCCAGUAAGUCCAAAAGGCGAAUUGUAGUAAUUGUAGUGCCGUGGAGAGGAGGAACAACGAGCAGAAAUCUUUAUUGUUUUAGUCUGCUGUUUAUUUAGUUACUGUUGUGUCAGAUCUGUUCCCCAGCAUGUUUGCUUAGCGUUUCCCUUUCUGCCCUCAGCAGCCCAAUUUAGGAAUCCUCCCUCAAACGGCUCUACUCAAAUAAACUUUCUCACACUCUGUGUUUAUCACUGAGACUAACCAGGUCUGUUUCUUUUGAUUGUUUCCUCAUUUGGAAGUUCUUGAUCAGAUAACCCUGCUGGAAUAAACGUUCUCACUUCUUGUUAAUGAGGGCAACCCACCAAGUUUGUUUCUGGUCACUAUCUUUGUUAACACUAAUGGGUCAGGGUUUCUGUCUGUAAGUGCUUGUUCUUUUUGUUUGCCUCAUCAUCCCAAUGUCUUGAGGCCUUUACCCAAUUGGACAUCAAAUAAACUGUCUCACACACCACAUAUCCUGACAGCAUUCA